AUGACGGAGGAGAGAGUGGCGAAGCGCAUCUUCUACUCUGAACUUGAGGAGGGUAAGCGGAAACAUGGCGGUCAACUCCUCAGAUACUUCGUGAGCACGAUCCUGCAGUUCCAGAUCUACCGGGCACUCUGCGAACGCACCGGGCAGUUCAUCGCGGGAGAUCCGUCUCACCCGCUCCACAAGUGCGACAUCUACAGAAACCCUGAAGCAGGCAGGAUACUGACACGUAUCAUGGAGCGAGGGUCAUCAGCCCCCUGGUCGCAGAUCCUUCAGGAGACGAUCGGCGAGGGGCGGCUCAACGGUGAAGCCCUGAGGGACUACUUCAGGCCACUCGAAGACUGGCUGCGAAGCGAGAACCUCAGGACUGGGGAGUACCUCGGCUGGAGCUAUGAUGGCGAUUACUGCAAGUUCAGCAUCGAGACAGCUGGUCUGCAAGUCUACGGAGGGUUCUACAACGCAGCGCACCGGCACUUUGACGUCACUAGCUUCUUCUCUCUACUUCUCGCUUCGUUCUUAACUACAGUCGUUAUGAUGCGCGUGCGAUAACUAUGAAUUUUGUUACGGCCUGACCACAUGGUUAAAAGGUGCAUCGUAAAAUGAAAAUAUUGUAUCUGCUAGCUGACAGUGACCAGGCUCUGAUUAAAAUAAUAAUUUGUAGAUCUGAAAGACAAGCGAUGUAUUUUGUCUUAAUAUUAUUAUGGAGGAUUUGUCAAUUUGUUUUAUUGAAUUUAUUGUCAAAACUACAAUAUCCAUAUGUUUUGUUUUACGAGAUAUCUAAGUAAUACAAAAAAUUACAAAGAAUCAAAAUCAUUAUUGUUUGUUACAUGAUUUUCAGAGCUCUAUUAUUUUGAGUUACACAGUUAUUAUAAAAAUGUUAUAAGUACUUAACCACUUUCCUCAGGGUUAUAUUAACAACAGUUUUGUAUAUUUUUAGACGUAAGUGUAUCUUUAUUUAGACCUUAGUUAUUUUGUAAAUAUUUAACUGAAUUAACAUGACAUGAAUGUAAUGUGAUAACUGAUUAAAACUUUUUGAUUUUA